UUGAGCUCUUGCUUACAUACAGGAUUUUUCAGCAGUGAAGCCACGCCACUCUUUUUCAGCGUGAAGCUCAAACUGCGGGAUGUUUGCGGAAUCAUCUGACUCUGAGUCUGAUGCUCCCUCCAGCGCCAAAGAGCAUAACAGGAUGACAGUUCUCAAUAAAGCCAGACAUGAAGACCUGAAAGAAACAUUUGAUGAAGAAUAUGAUCACUAUAAGGGUAAGAGGAGAUACACAGAUGAUUCUGCCGACGGCCAUCUAUCCGAUUCGUCUACCGAUGAUGGAGAAGCCCCAGCUGAAAAAAUAAAGGCUUUGGAUGAGGAUGCAGUGCGGAAGCCAAUGACCAAUGCUGAGAAAAUGAUGGCGAAAAUGGGUUACAAAGAGGGCUCAGGUCUAGGAAAGCAGAAACAAGGUAUGGUCGAACCAGUGGCGCUUUCUACGCAGCGUGGCCGUGUUGGUCUGGGACACCAAAUUACCAAGGCAAUAGGUCGAGACUUCACGGAGACUUGGGAUGAGACGAAGGAAGAAAAAACCAUCGAGGAGCGAGUUAUAUGGUUGAGGGAAUGCCCACAGAACACUCGAGAUUGGGUUGUGGAACAGUUAGAGGAGUCUGAUUGGAUGCAAGUAGGAAAGAAAAAGCUCACUAUCGAUGACGAGACUGAAUUUUGCGAUGGCGAGAUAUUGCGGACGAUGAUCAAGUCAAAGGAUGUGUUCGACGUCAUCCCGGACCGUGAUCUUCGCGAAGCACGCACACGCGCUAAUCCUUACGAGACUAUUGGGGCAGCAUUCUUCCAAAAUCGGGCAGCUAUGAAAACCGCAAAUUUGGAUAGGGUCUUCAACUGGCUCAUUAGUUCAGAAUCAGAAGAGAAGUUGCUGAAUAAGAAUCCACUGAAGUGUGAUCGACCGACCAGUAACUGCGACCGAGAAACACCGUUGUUCUACUUUGCAGAUGUAUGCGCUGGACCUGGAGGGUUUUCUGAAUAUAUGUUGUGGCGCAAGGCAUUCUAUAAUGCGAAAGGUUUCGGUUUCACCCUGAAAGGAAAGGACGACUUCAAGCUCGGAAAGUUUACUGCCUCGUCUGCAUAUUACUUUGAGCCAUACUAUGGCAAACAUGGCGAUGGAGAUGUUAUGAAUCCCGAAAAUAUUGACUCUUUGGAAGACUUCAUUAUGAAAGGUACCAAUGAUGUUGGUGUGGAUCUCAUGAUGGCUGAUGGCGGAUUUAGUGUUGAAGGACAAGAGGAUAUCCAGGAAAUUCUUUCCAAACGACUAUAUCUCUGCCAGUUGUUAGUCUCUCUUUGCAUUGUGAAGGAAGGUGGUAUCUUUUUCUGCAAACUCUUUGACGUCUUUACACCAUUCAGUGCUGGUUUGAUCUACUUGAUGUAUGUAGCUUACGAGCAAAUCUCGCUGCACAAGCCGCACACUAGUCGACCAGCAAAUUCUGAGAGGUACAUUAUCUGCCGAGGCUUGCGUAAGAACUACUCAGAUGCUAUUCGAGAUUAUCUCAAGAGGGUGAACUUGAAACUGGAUGAGCUAACUAAGAGUAAAUCUUCACAAGAUGUAAACAGCAUUGUACCGCUCGAAACAAUGAAGAACGAUGAGGCAUUUCGCAGUUACUUGACGGGUCACAACGAACAUAUCGCUUCACGGCAAUCCACCUAUUUGCAAAAAUAUCUCACUUAUGCUAAGAACAGUUCUCUCAUAGACAAAGAUCAGGGUACACUUCGCGAUGAUUGCCUGAAAUACUGGCUUGUUCCCAACAAAACACUAGAUCGAAGAGAACGUGGAGCAGAACGACAACAAAUAGAUCCAGAUCAAUACUUUGGGAGAUUUACUAGAAAGUUCUAUGGUCGCGAAGAUUUCAACGCUCGACUGCCACCAUUUACCGCCAAUCUUUUGACGGAGCGAACUGUUAAGGAGCUGAAAUAUGCUGAGUUUUCAUUCAACAUACUAUCUAAUCGAGCAAGCACGCAACCGGAGCUGCUUAUCUCCACUGGGGAUGCAGUUUUUGUAUGGAAGAAGCACUGGGAAAAGCUUGACAAUAAUUUGAUGAGAAUUCCUGAUCGUACAGUGCUGCUAGUAGAAAGAGCAACAACGUAUAAGCUGGUUGACAAACGUCUGGAGACAGUAGCUGCUGAAAGUCUUGUUCGUAUCUUGGAUGCAGCUGUCAUUAAUGGCGAUGAUGUGUCUGGUUUGGUCUACUCAAAGCGACUGCAAGCAGCCAAGAAGUUUUGCCUCGCGCUGAAACUCGUUGUUCCAAAGGUUCGGUUGGGUUGGGGACAGCACGAGCGAUACAUUACUCCACCACAGCUAGUCACGGCAGAAGCCUUUGGCUUCGAUCAACUUGCUGAGGUGCGUCGAAGGUUUUCGCGCUUACGUCAUAGCGGUGAGGAAGUGCUCAUAUAUGAGGAAAAUGGAAAUUUGCUCAUGUGUAAAGCUCUACGAGUGGCACGGUUGUUAAAAGAGUCAUGGAAAAUGGGAUGGUCAUGUAGCCGACAAAUGCUGUACGCUUUUUGUCCGCAUCGACCGGACCUGGGUAGCUUUUUCGAGCCGCAAUGGGAAGAGAGAGAAUGCUGCUCUUCAUUCUGGGAGAGUGCAAUGACUUCGAAGCCAGUGGCUGGACACAAUUCGAUGCAAUAUAUCUGGAGCUGGGAGAAUAGUUUGUUGGAUAAUUAUGGCCCUCGCGUAAUUUUGGAAGAAGAGUCACACAAAAGUGGUCCAACUGUGAACUUUCUUCUCCAACAAAUUGCUGAAACGAAUGAGCAGUGUCGAAGGAGUUAGUAUGCAUUUGGCAGUGACCAUAAGCGGCUGUGAUCAGCAAGCACAUGGAUAAUUUUGUGAGUUCAUCUCAAAUGUAAUGUUUGAUGUUGCCAUCCAUACCUCCUCAUUAUAUUCUACUAUGACAUGAAUGUCUAUCGGGUACCUUGCAACGAAAUGUUUAGGAAAAUAUAUUGAAUUUCUUGACAAGUUUAACUUCUGUCACUGUUUAUGAUUACGGUACUGAAAUUUUGUUGUUGAAAGUAUGUACAGUAAAUAAAUUCAGCCCGUAUUUUUUGACCAUCCCAGAUGCAAAAUUAUCAUUUUUUACUGUAGGCAAUGAAUUU